AUGUUCUCCUUCCGCCGAAAGCCCAAGAAGGCACCGGAAACUCCUCUAAUUCGUACCUCUCCUUCUCUCCCAGAGCUCAAUAGCCAGGGCAUUCCAUGGCCUGAAGACCUUGUGGAUAUAGCUGCAAUACGGCACUCGCCACCUCCUGAGGAGCUCGUUCAUCAAGGUGCGGCUAAAACCUCUUUCCAGGGGAGUGACCAUGCCGCCAUACCGUUCCAUAAACCAUUUCGGCCCUCUGUAGAGAAACCGAAAGCAGGAGGCACGAUUUCUUCUUUAUAUAUGUCUUCCGUGCCGCCCUCCGCGUUCGACAACAGGAAGGCUCCCCCUUUAUCGGCUGGCAGGUACAGCCAGCGACGGGCUCGCAUUCCACCCACAUUCAAUCUAAUGGUUGUUGGCGGCAAAGGAACGGGGAAAACUUCGCUUCUGCGCUUGCUAUUGGAAACGGCCGACCUAUCACCCAGCGCCACCGACGAUCAAAAGGCAGCAAUGUUCAAGUUUCUCAAAGGAUCUACGAACACCACUCCAGCGAUCCAGACCGCUUGCGUGGAAAUUUGCGAGUCGCGCUUCGACAGGGUGUUGUUUUCUGUGAUUGAUACGCCUGGACUUGAAUUUCAAGAGGGACGCGAGUUGAAACUUGAGCGUCAAGUGAACGCUAUUUUAAAGUAUGUCGACGCACAGUAUGCAGAUACCAUGAGCGAAGAAUCCAAGGUCGUUAGACAGAGCAAAGGAGACCAGCAUAUCCAUCUUUGUAUCUAUAUGAUUGACCCAGCUUCAAUCAUUAGUGCUGAGGAACGACGUUCCUUGUCCACCCUUCCAACAAAGACGCGUUCAGAGGCCACCGUCUCCAAUCGUGACCCGCCCGACCUUGUACCCGACACGUCGUCUGAAGAUGAAUCUGAUGGCGAAGACGGCUCUCCGUUGACGAUGUCUCCCGCGGAACUUAGAGUCAUUCGACGACUGUCAGCGCGCACCAACGUUCUGCCGGUGAUCGCUCAUGCCGACUCACUAACAGACGACAAAUUGCACUCUAUCAAGAAUGCUAUACGUACAGGAUUUGCUGGAUCAGGCAUCGAUUUUGGCGUGUUUGGACCGGCAAAGGCUCCUGACACCGCCGCUCCUCCGAAGAGACAGACUCAUUUUUCUGAUACAACUGAAAACGGAAUUGAAGAAUAUGACAUAAAUAGUUCUGUUGCAGAGAGUGAUGAAGAGGAUGCAGAAGAAGAGCGGAAGCCUCGCCCGGUUAUCAAGCUUCGCCCAAAACGCCACGGUACUCGAAAUCUUUCCCGCUCGCGCUCUCGGAGGGAUCUCUCUCAAGCUGCGGAAGAUGAUCGUCGUCCGGUAUCGCCUGAUGCUACCGACCACGAAAGCGUGGCCAAUGUCCGUUUCUCGGCGCACAUUAUUGCAAAGACGGACCUCAGUGAACUGAUGCCUUUCGCAUUAAUCGCUCCCGAACCCAGCAAGCGCCGCCGUCGCCCAUUUUAUUCAGAUGGCGUAUCAUCGACCACUAGCCAGCAACCAUCCGAAGAUGACCAUUCACAAUCCAGUGACGUACCACCCACCCCCAUGUCAGCUUAUAGUUCAAGAACUCUCCCAUACCUUCAAGGGCCGCCCGAUGAUUUGAAGGGUGUUUUUGUCAGAAAGUUCAGAUGGGGGAAAAUUGAUGUUCUUGAUCCAAACCAUUGUGAUUUUGCCGCGUUACGAACGGCAGUGCUGUCGACUCAUCUUAAGCUUCUCAAAAUUCGCACCAAGGAGGUGCUGUAUGAGAAAUACAGGACCGAAAAGCUUCUCGCCAGGCGCGCAACCCGUCAGAUCUCGGAAGAGCAGAGACAGCGGUUGCUAGAAGAAAUGGGGCUCUGA